UUCGUGGCACUCCACUCUGCCUCUUGGUUACAUUGUAUCCAUCUCUAGUGCUGAAAGAUAUACACGGUCAUCAAGAAGAUACGAGGAAAGGCAACCAAAGGAAAUAACAUGUUUUGGAAAUCGUCUCGGUAUUGGAUUUACUGUUGGGAAAAAUAAGAUCGUAAACUUGAAUUUCGAGAAUAUGUCCAUUUUAGCCGGUAUUUCCAUUUUGGAACGGGAUCCUGAAGUGUGAUGGCUGCAGUCCAGUGAAUUGCUGGCCUUUCCUUUCUCCUGCUGCUGGAUGCCUUGGGAGUACAACGGAUUGUGGUGGUUUUUAUCAGCGAGUGUUUAUAAUUCAAGAUUAUAUAUACUUUCAGUAUUUAUGGAAUGUACAUAAUACGUCGUUGGAUUGGGGUUAGCAAGUGGGGGCAAGAUGUGGGUAGCUGGGAAAUUGAUAUCAGGACCUUGAGGCGACUGAAACCCCUUUCCCAUAUCCAGUGGUCUGAGUACUCAGACCUCAGUGUGACUUUCCUGGGCUGGUGGCACUAAAAUGUCCCUAAGUGGUGGCACUGCAGGCGGGAAAGGUGUGGACUCGAAUGCGGUGGACACUUACGACAGCGGUGAUGAGUGGGAUAUCGGCGUGGGAAAUCUGAUUAUUGACCUCGACGCGGACCUAGAGAAGGACAAACUUGAGAUGUCUGGCACCAAGGAGGGCGGCGGCAUGGCGGCGCCCCCUAGUGCCGUUGCAGCUUUGCCAGACAACAUCAAAUUCGUGAGCCCAGUGCCUGCCCCUCAGGGAAAGGAAAGUAAAUCAAAAUCAAAACGCAGCAAAAACUCUAAAGACAAUAGCAAGGCUCCCACUGGUGAUGGAGCCAAGAAAGAGUCCCAGAGCCGACCUCAAGCAGAGGCUACUGGCACCACAGCGAGUGCAGGAGGCACUGGAAAUUCUACGCCCAGCAAGGGUGUCGAGAAAGGCGCAAAAGCCUCUCGAAAUGUACCCAACACCAAGAAGGAUAAGGAUGGGUCGAGUGGGAAAAGCAAGAAGGAGAAGGAGGUCCUGGGAGGACCUGUGGCGGUGGUUGCCAUUGAGAGGGAAGUGGCACCUCAAGCUCAAGCACUUGGAGGUACCCGUAAUGCCUCCUUUGAGAAUACCCAGACUACAGCAGACUCAACAGAGGCUGAAGAACAUGGGAAUAGCACCUUGGAGCCUGUAGGGAUUGUACCCCCACUGGCUAUUAAAACUGAGCCUGAGGAAAUGGACAGUAGUGACUGCCGAGCUCUGAAAAAGGUGAAAAAUGAAAAGAUGGAGUCUCCUGUCUCCACGCCAGCCCCGCCCCCACUCCACCUCUUGGCACCGGUGGGGACAGCCACUGACAUCGCCUCGCCCUGCGAGCAGAUCAUGGUGCGCACGCGCUCCGUGGCGGUCAACACGGCUGAGGUGGCGCUGGCCACCGAGCCCGAGUGCCUGGGCCCCUGCGAGCCGGGCACCAGUGUCAACUUGGAGGGCAUCGUCUGGCAGGAGACCGAGGAUGGCAUGCUGGUGGUGAAUGUGACCUGGAGGAACAAGACAUAUGUCGGGACGCUGUUGGAUUGUACCCGACAUGACUGGGCACCACCAAGGUUUUGUGAGUCUCCAACUAGUGACUUGGAGAUGAGAAAUGGAAGAGGUCGUGGUAAGAGGAUGAGGCCCAACACCAAUACGCCCGUCAAUGAGAACAGCAACUCCUCGGACAACAAGGGCAGCAACAACAGCAAGACCCGCGCAGGCUCCAAUAGCAAAGGUCGCCGUGGCAGCCAGAACUCUUCAGAGCGCCGCACCCCGCCCAACAGCAACACCGAGGACGUGAAGGCAAGCCCCUCCUCGGCAGGCAAACGUAAGAGUAAGCCGGCCUCUGACAUGGAGCCAAACUCGAGUUCCGAGGACACAAAGGGGAACAAACGCAUGCGCACAAACUCCAGUAGUGGAGGGGGGCCUCUCACUAUGCCCAUCCCCAACAUCAAGACUGAGUCCCUCCCCCCACCACUAGACCGCAACUGUUCUUCUCCAGUGCUCAUUGACUGCCCACACCCCAACUGCAACAAGAAGUACAAGCACAUUAAUGGCUUGAAGUAUCAUCAGGCUCGUGCUCACAAUGAUGAUGACAUCAAACUGGACAUGGAUGGGGACAGUGAGUAUGGAGAAGACUCAACUCUGCAUCCUGAAUCAGGGGGUUGCAAUGGAGCCUCCAUCUCACAGAAAGGCUCUCUCUCUCCAGCGCGAUCUGUGACACCCAAAGGGAGAGGAUUUGAUGCUCAUAGCCCGUCUCCUUCCCCGGGCAAGUUUGGCUCUAAGCAGCCAAGCAAAAAGAGGAAUGGGGAUGUGGACCCAGAGGCUUGUGGCACACCCAUGGACGGUUGUGAAGAUGGCCCCUGUCUGACUGACGAGGCUAGCAACGAUGGGGUGGAGGACAAGAAAAGCCUAGACAAGGACAAGUCUAAAAAGUCUAGCAGUAGUGCCAAGUCUGACAAGCUACAGCAGAAGAACAUUAAGUCUUCUCGGCCCAUGCCUCAAACCAUACCACCUCAGCAGCUGUACUCCCUGCAAGCCUCACCUUUCCCAGGUGGAAACCCGAGCAACCCUGGUCAAGGAAUGAGCUCAACGAUGCAGGGUAUCCCCAAGAGUCCUCAGCUGAAGGCUAUACAGCCCAAGCCCUCUACCAUGGGGGACCCCUCUUCUAUGAGCCCUGCUAUGAGUGGCUCCAAGGAUAAAAAGAAGAAGGACAAGAAAAAGAAGGAUCCUGGGAAGGAGGCAGACAGUCCCAAGCCGUCUGGUAAAGGAGGAAGGCCUGAUGGGGGAAAGAGUCCGUACUCUGAAUCUUCAGACCCUGGAGGCAAGAGUGACAGCCUCCUGAAUGGCUCAGACCCACACCAGAGUCGCCUGGCCAGCAUCAAGGCUGAGGCAGAUAAGAUCUACAGCUUCUCAGACAAUGCCCCCAGUCCAUCCAUUGGGGUGGCCAGUCGGAUUGACCCUGGUGGGGUAGGGCAGCCACUCAAUCCCUUGCAUGUGGUCACUCAGAAUGGGGCUGACAAUUCUUCAGUGAAGACUAACAGCCCAGCUUACUCUGACAUCUCAGAUGCUGGAGAGGAUGGGGAAGGCAAGGUUGAGGGAAUGAAAAGCAAGACUGAAGACCAAACUGUGAGGGAGGGAGCCAAGAAGGCCCUUUUUGCUGGCCAGCCGCCUAACAAGGAGUCUCCAUACUAUGCCAGCUAUGAUAACUACUAUUCCCCCAAUUACACCAAUCCCAGCCCAGGUGCUGCCAACAUGGGUGGCCCAAUGGUAGAAGGCCCAAAUGUGAAGAUUAAGAAAGAAGAGGACUCUGAGCACCAGAGCGAGGAGAAGGGGAAACACGACCUGCAUGAUGAGCGCAAAUCUGAGCUCGGCGCCCCAGGCCAGCAGCAGUCGCAGCACCCUCAACAGCAGCAGCCCUCGGUCAUUCAGCAACGCUCCAACAUGUACAUGCAGCCGCUCUACUACAACCAGUACUACAUGCCGCCCUAUGGAUAUCCAGAUCAGGUUUACCAUAGCCACCUGAUGAACACCAACGCGGCCUACCGACAACAGUACGAGGAGCGACAAAGGCAGGUGGCUGAGCAGCACCGGGCUGCAGAGAAGAAGUCGUCGGAGACGCCCUCGAAGGAGAGAGAAGGUCCACUGGUGAAAGAGGAGUGGAAGCAGAAGGCUUCGGGGCCCCCUGCUCUUUCAAAAGCUCCGAGCCUGUCUGAUUUGGGUAAAUCCCAACCUAUAGGCGGCAAGUCGAAAGAUUCCGCUUCCUCUAUGGAGGGCAACAAGUCUGUCAUCAUCCCCAAGGGUGAGGAGUCUAAAAUGGCCUCACAGCAAGCUGAGGGCCUCAAGAUGAAGCUCAAUGAGGGAGGGCACCAUGGCAAAGAGGAACCCAAGACGAGCAUGGAGUCGGGCAGGCAGCCAGGCAUGGAGCAGGCCAUGUGGUACAGACAGGAUGCUUAUGGCUACCCCAACAAGUUCCCCGAUGCGCAGAAGCAGCAGCAGCAGAUGGAGGAGGAACGUGAACGAGAUCGCAAGGGCAAGGACGAUAGGCCCAGGCCUAAGGAAAUGUCGAGCAAAGAAGAAAGCAAAGACUGCUCUGACUCCCGAACAUCAGUGGGCUCAUCUGAGGAUCACAGAGGGCCUCAGAAAGACCCUCGACCGAACACACACAUGCAGUUCCCCACGACCUUGGCUCAACACCAGCCAUAUGUGCCCUACAUGCAUACAGGCUACCCCUACAGUCAGGGUUACGACCCCAAUCACCCUGGAUACAGAGGCAUGUCUUCGGUCAUGAUGCAAAACUACCCAGGCUCCUAUCUGUCAGCGGGGUAUUCCUUCUCCCCAUAUGGCGGGAAGGUGGGUAGCGGCGAGGAAGGUGAGAAAUCCCGCGCCAGUCCGACCGUGAGCAGCAAGGUGGCGUCGGAGUCCAAAGCCCUGGACAUUCUCCACCAACACGCAAGCCAAUACAAGAGCAAGUCUCCCACUGUCGGAGACAAGCCGCAGUCACACGAACGAGAGCGCGGAGCAAGCGAGCGAGAUAGAGAGCGGGACCGUGACCGCGACCGGGAGAGGGAACGAGACCGGGAGAGAGAGAGGGACAUGGACCGGCCGCGCUCUUCCCCUUCACAGCGCGUCAUGCCCUCUCAUCACCACCUCGGAUACCCCUUGCUCUCUGGGCAGUACGACAUCCCCUACGCCACAGGUCUGUCGUCAUCUGCCAUCGUUGCCAGCCAGCAAACCUCAGCUCCCUCACUGUAUCCGCCUGCACGGAGGUGAGAAUGGGAGACCUGACAUCACCACCUCACUCUCGCAAAUGUCCAUGUGACUGGCUCACAUGGGGACAUAUAUGGAGUCAUUUAGACAUCAGUUGAAUGGUGUUUCUAUAUUUUUAUUUUUUUCUCCUCUUUUCCUCCUGCCGGAAUGUGUGGCAGACUUGAUGUUUCCGAGCAUCUAUAACCUCUGAUCCCAACACGGACCGCAAGACCAGUUUCAAAGCCAUCUUUCUCCGCUGACAAAAGCAGCCUGCCACAGAACUAUAUUCUGCACUGUCGAAAAAGCCAUGCAAGAAAAAAAAGAGACCAUCCCAUUGCCUGUAUGGCCUUUGAUUCAUGGAAUACCUUUCUCGUGUGUGGAUUACGGGCCAGAGAAGGGGAAUCUGGUUCGCAGUGGUUGAAAAAAUAAAUAAAGCCUGUCGGAAAGAAGAAAAAAAAAACAGAAAACGGAAAAAAAAGAAACAGUUUAUCAUGUUGAAAUGAUUGAAGUUGUUGCCCUUGCUUUUCAGUGUGCAUCCUCACAAAUACAAACAAAAAAUGUGUAUGGUAAAGUGAAACUUGUUUAUUUUCGGAGUUGCUGCUCUUUGGAGACUCAGCAGGGACACUGGAGUUGACUCUGGCAGCGUCCGGCAUGUGGUCUCAAAACAUUAUAUGUACACACACACACACACACAUGUACAUACAUACAUACACACAUGCAUACAUGCGCACACACACAUGCUUGCACGCACACACAGUCCUCAUCACUACAUCCUUAAAAACUUUAUUUGGUUUGUCUUCUUUUUUCCCCAAAAAAUAUGCCAUUAGCCACUUGAGCUCAAAAGACUAUCUCCAUGUCCAUGAUGUUCUGUUGAUUUUUUUUUUUUUUAGUGAUUCGGUUCAUUGGUGCAUGACUAAUGGCACUUCGUAGACUUUGUUUUAUGUUUGUUUGUUUUUUGUUUUGAUUUGUUUUUUCUCUUUCUCUCAUUUCCCUCCUGUUUUGAAGAAUGGCUGGUAGCUCAUCUGAAACUGAUGAUGAAACCAGGUUAGUUGCCUCAACAGACUAAGGGCCCCGUUCAACCUGCGUCAGAUGAGCUUACCCUUGUUGCUGUUCGAGUCGGGCUGUCGUAGCAGAUUCUGAGCCUCUGCCAACCAGUCUUGAAGAUCGGCCUUGACUUGCAGGGCUUUCUCGAUUUAUGGUUCUGUCGGCUCACAGCUACACUAGUCCUUCAUUUGUCACUGGGGUUGGAUAAGCAGUGAACCCACAAGGAGGUCGCCCUUGGAGGAAGCAAAGUGAUUUUUCUCUCCUCUUGGAUUGGAAACGAAUCUCACAACUCGGGAGUCACUGUUCAUUAAACUCUCGGCCUUCCUCUGUCACCCCCCUCAGCACGUGCCUCUCUUCCAGGUCAACAGAAACAUCCCCGCAACUGAGGAUUACUCUUGUCACACCAACACUCUGCCUCUAACGGCGUUGACGUUAGGGUAACUGAGAGUUGGUGACUGGCCAUGUAAAAGUCAGGCUUGUGUGUGUUGUAAAUGCAGUAGGACCCACUGAACUGUCUCUUUAAGACAAAAAAAAACACUGCAGACUGGUCUGGCUGACUACAAAGAGGGUAAAGGGAGCAGAUGGAACCAGAUGUCAUCUCUGGUCCAGAAACAGCUCCCCAAACGUUGACUGUUUUAAGUGGGUGGAGAGCAGACAUGCCCGCAGUGGAGAGGAGGGAAAAAAUCAUCAGGAAAAAAGCCGUUAGAACUUUGGAGAUUUUAGCUUGUACUCUAUUUGUUCAAGGAGACCUUGUGUGUAAGUGCUGUGAAUACUAGUAACUCAAAGUGUUUUUUUUUUUCUGUAAACAACCACUCAAAACUCUGUUCAUAUUUACAGUUUUCCUCUAUCUCCCAGGAGCAAGAUUUCCAUGUUUUCAGUUUUCUCCAGUAGGGUGUUGAUUAGCAUGAAAUCCCAUAUAUACAGUAUCCUCUCAGGCAAAGCACACUGAUCCAUAGCUUCAACAUUUGUUUCUUUUAUUCUUCUCUCUAUCUCUUUCCUCCUUUCACCGACAGUAAGAUAUCUGUAUAUAAUGAACAGAGGUAUAAUUUUAACAACGCUUUUUGGAUUGUCAUCACCAUUCAGUCGAUCUCUGUCAUUAGCUCCCCUUUCCACCCACGCUUCCCUCCCAUCUGGAUUACACGAAUACUGUAGCAGCUCGUUCAUUUUUCUCUUCUAUUCAUUUUCUAUAU